CACAUUUCAAGCAAUCACAAUUCAAAUACACAACAUUUAUACAUCAAAAUUUCAUAAUUCAGUGACCUAUUUUAGCAAUCUUAGCUCAAUUCUUUGUCUGCCGCCCAAAUUCUAUAUAAUUUUGGGGUCAACGGAAUUUAUCUGAAUUUAAUGGAGUUUUUCGGUCAUAACCAUAUAAAUACCCUGCUAAUUAAUUCAUUCCAUGAUUCCAUUGAAAAAACGAUCAUUUUUUUUCUCACAAAUUUGAAUUUUUUUCAGACGCAAUGGGAGGUUGAGAGAGCUCGAUUAUGGGGUGUGUUCACGGAAAAGGAGCCGCCAGCAAUAGUCGCCGGAAUCGGGAGGAGCUGACGAUCGAAGAGGCUCCCGCUGCCGCUGCCGCUGACAGACCGGUGGUGGUGCCGGAAUUCAGGCUGAGAAUAGGCGCCGACGCUGCCGCAACGGAAUCGUGGCCGCCGUGGCUCGUCGCCGUCGCCGGAGACGAGAUCAAGGGUUGGAAACCGCGGCUGGCUAACACCUUCGACAAAAUUGCUAAGAUUGGGCAAGGAGCGUAUAGCAAUGUGUAUAAAGCUAGGGAUUUGGUGACGGGGAAGGUGGUGGCGUUGAAGAAAGUGAGGUUCGAUAGCUUUGACCCGGAGGCUCUGAGGUUCAUGGCAAGGGAGAUACUCGUGUUGAGACGACUAAACCAUCCGAACGUUAUCAAGCUCGAAGGUCUUGUUAUUUCGCGGAUGUCAAGCAGCCUUUACCUCGUGUUUGAGUACAUGGAGCAUGAUCUUGCUGGCCUUUCUGCUGCUCAAUCUGCUAACUUCACCGAGGACCGGGUCAAGUGCUAUAUGAAACAGCUGAUCUCGGGUUUGGAGCAUUGCCACAGCAAUGGUGUCUUGCAUCGUGACAUCAAGUGCUCGAAUCUGCUGAUUGACAACGAAGGAAUACUUAAAAUAGCCGAUUUUGGCCUUGCUUCUUUUUUCAAUCCCGAGAGCAAGAAACCUAUGACGAACCGUGUAGUCACCCUCUGGUAUCGCCCUCCUGAACUGCUGCUAGGCGCCACACACUAUGGCGUUGGUGUCGAUUUAUGGAGUGUCGGCUGUGUUCUGGCAGAGCUUCUCGCUGGAAAGCCAAUACUGCGCGGGCGAACAGAGGUCGAGCAGCUGCACAAGAUAUUCAAGCUAUGUGGCUCUCCUCCUGAGGAAUUCUGGAAGCAAUCAAGUCUGCCUGAUACAACUCUCUAUAAACCGCAGCAUCCGUAUAAAUGUUGCAUAAGGGAGACGUUUAAGGAUUUCCCGCUGUCGUCUCUUGCUCUGAUAGAAACUCUUCUUGAAGUCGAUCCUCGUGCACGAGGCACUGCUGCUGCAGCAUUGAAGAGUAAGUUUUUUACUACUGAACCAUUUGCUUGUGAACCAUCAAGUUUGCCUAAAUUUCCUCCUACCAAAGAAAUGGAUUUGAAACUGAGAGAUGAAGCAGCCAGAAGGAAACACGGUAUAGGCAGAAAAUCGAACAUCAACAAUGGACUUAGAAGAGCUCGUGUGCACAACAAGGCCAUCCGUGCAAAUCCGGUUCUCGAAGCCAACACAGAACUCCAAAUGAAUUUAAGCAGGCUAAGAGUCGGGAGAGGGAGGGGCGAGAAGUUCCCACCACCACACCAAGAUGGCGCAGUUGGCCACACAAUGUCGUCGUUUGCUGAUGAUGCUUUGUUCGCUUCCUCGAUGAGGAGGAGGAAUGGUGACAAAGAGCCUCAUAGUGCACCUCCUCGUUGCUUCAUCAACGCCUUAUAUCAGUCCACUGCUGUUUGCUCCGUGGACUUCCGGUUCGGUCGCAGAUGAACGCUUUCGACAUAGGUAUAACUGUAACCAUAUCUUCAAGAAUCAAUGCUGCUUAUCAAAUGUAAAGGUCAUAUUUUUGUGUACAGUUAUAGACGAUGAGGUUUAUACAGAAAUUUAUAAUCAAUUUUAUUAAGAGAAAUAAGCAAAUUUUGG